UUUCGUGGGGAGGAGUGGAGUGGAGAAUAAUGAUUCUCUCCAUCUUGAUUUGGGCAGCCCCGCCCCACGACUCUCGAGGCUAGAAAUAUUAUGCCCCCCCCCCUUCCCCAAGCCCUGUUGCCUUUUGCAAAAGUUCCUGCUUGGGGGACCAGAGAAGAGGCUAACCGAAAGAAUGUUCAAGACUAUAAAACAAGCUCUUUUUUCUUCUGGCUUGGAGAUGCCUAAAUGGACUGCAUUACCAAAUCAGGCAUCCGAUUAUGAAAUUCGACAAUAUGAACCUGCCAAAUGGGUGUGUACAUCUCUUAAAACCAUAGACUGGGAUGCAGCCAUCAAUGCUGGCUUCAUGAAGCUCUUUAACUAUAUUAAAGGCAAGAAUGAAAAAGGAACAAAGAUAGCUAUGACAGCUCCAGUGACAUGCUAUGUCCAGCCAGGAGCUGGCCCGUUCUCCGAGUCCAUCACAACAGUUGCCUUUUAUUUGCCAUCUCAGUACCAGGCAAAUCCACCCAAGCCUUCAGAAGCAGAUGUCUUCAUCGAAACUAAGCCAGCAAUUACGGUUUUUGUCAGAUCGUUUGGAGGAUUUGCUAAAGCUAAAAGAAAUCAAGACGAAAUACAGGCCCUUGCUGAAUGUUUAAAGCGGGAUGGAAGAACAUUUCAAGAUAAGAUCUACUAUACUGCUGGUUAUGACAGUCCAUUUAAGUUGCUAAACAGGCAUAAUGAAGUUUGGCUUAUCAAAAGAAGCUAAAAUCUUUGUACAGCAAUACAGAUUAUAAGUAUUAACUUUUAAAUGCUUAAUUUAAAAGGGAGGAGUUUUCCUUAUAUAUGAAAGCUGGGUUUUUGUAUAUUUUUCUAAUGAAUUUCUUCGCUUUUACCGUUGCCUAAAUUUCUAUACUGAUAUAAAAUUGAUCUUUUUUUUUGCUAAAAUAUGGCUAAUAGAGUAAUGCUAAUAAUUAUUUUAUAAUAUUUAUAAUCCUUGAAAGUGUGAUGAAUUCUAUUUUGUAGGAAAUUAACUCAACUUUCUACAAAAACAGUAAUGCUUAAGCCUUUUUCACUAAAUUGGAGGCUUAAUCUGGGUAGGAAGGAAAUUUGAAAGGCAGGUAAAGCAACCUAGAAUCUCCAUGAAUCUCACAGUGGUUUCUAGAGUUUUGUUUUUCUUCAUUAGGAGGCAAACUGCUAAAUUGCAUUAUUUUGCUGCUAAUCUUUGCUGUAAAAUCAAGCAUAAUGACUUCUGAUAGUCUUGAGGCACUAAUUAAAUCAAAAGCCAUCUCAAAUUUCCCACUUCCACAGCGAAAGGAAAAGGGGCAGAAAUUAUGUCUCUCUUGCAUUACCUUUUUUCUCUUGGGGGGGGGGGAAUUAAAAGGCAAAACUUUUGAACUGGCCAAGAAAGAGGUUACUGGGCCAGGAGAUCCUAUCUGCUUCCCUUUAGCCCUUUUGGAAAUGUUACCUAAAAGGUAAGAAUGUUAACGCCAAUCCCCAGCUUCCUUUUAAAUCAAAUGCUGGUCUGAGGAUUUUUAAACACUUCCUGUGUCCUGUAAAUCAGGGAUUGCUGAAUUUGGGAGGCACUUGUGGCCUGUUUAGGGGACAGUUUUAGAGUGAGGUUGAGAGCAGCUUGCUUCAAAGAGGCCUCCCAUUCCCUUUCAUCUCCUCAAAAUAUUGAUUGUGGAUCUUAAUUCUUUGAACUUUGCCAAUCCUUCUUCUGAAUAAUUAUUGAAUAUAUAGGUAGUUCUUGUUUAGCAAUUGAUUCCAGCAACUCAGUUAUUAAGUGAAGUGGUUGCUAUGUGAAAAUCAUGUAACUGCUUAUGAUUUUAUUUCAACUUUCCUUCCCCCCCUCACCUUUUUUAAUACUCAUCCCACUGCUAGUAUAAUUAACUAGAAUAUAAUUUAUAUUUACAUUCAUUAGAGAAGACUAAGCAGGCACACAAUAGGCAAACAGACAUUGAAAGGAAUGCAGUAGGUUGGCUGUUGUGUUUGCAACUGCUUAGGAGGCAAAGAAAAGUCUUCAAUGUGAAACUGAUUAGGAUCUUGUCAGUUUCAGAUAGCAAGGGUAGUGGGCCGGACUGUUCUAAUCGAAUUAUUAAGGUCACAGAGCUGACCUUGUUUACUUGUAGUUAGAACUUUGAGGGAAGUUCUGUGUGUGAACAAAAGCAGUUCAGGAAAUAUAGCUUAUUUAAGCAAUCUGCAAUGGGGCAAGGAAGGGGGAAAAAACAAGUCAGCCAAAGGACAAAGCAGUAUAGUGCUGACUGACCGUUGUGACAAACACAUGACUUGAUAGAGACGCUGCAAAGGUCAUAAAUGCAGGCACUAGUCGCAAUUACAUUUCCAACAGUUAUAACUGCAAAAGGUCACUGUUUGAGGCAGUCGCUGAAUGAAGACUACUUGUCCUUAAAGGAGGGAUAUCCUUAAUUGGAAAACCAGGUUCCAGUUGAUGGUUACACUUAGAUGCCACAAUGUAUGUAAAUUAUCAUUCACAUGCUAUAAAUAUUUAAAAACAUUCAUGCCUGAAAGAGUUGAUUAUGCUUAGAUUCAACUGACAUUAGUUUGUGCUUUACUUUUGGGUGAAAAUAUUUGUGAACCCUUGAAAGCUAUAGUGGAGGGAAUUUAGCAAACCAACUCACUAGAGUUCAAUGCUAUUGUCUUCCAAAUAGCACACAGUGAGUUUUUCUACCAUGGAAACCUGAAAUAUUGCCAAUCCAUGUUGCUAUAAUGAAAAGUAGCAUAACUUGGCCAGAUAACAAUGGGCCUUCCAAACUCCUACAUUAAUGCAUUAUUAAUGUAUGGUUCCCACUUUUACUGCAUUAUAAGCUGUGUUAUUUUUAUUCCUGAAAGUUUGUAAGGGGCUAUAGAUCUUUAAAAAAAAAAAAAAAGGAUUAAUGUAAAUUCAAUCCUGGUACUUCAGCUAAAAUACUUAUCACAGAUCUCCCAGUUAUCCUGUAUUUUAUUCAGUAUAAUUGAUGUGGAAAACUACUAACUGUAUUGUUGCUUCUAAAUGAAAUUGUAUUGUA